AGCCGCAGUACAGAGCCGACGUAGGUCGUCGUAACGUUAGCUCUGUCCUUUGUUAUUACGUAAAACGAGGAUACUCGUGUGGAAAGACUUCAGUGGUGAUUUUUUCACUUGUGUGAGACUCCGUGAAACAAAAAAAUGUCUGACAGACGAUGUUACUGCAAAACGGAGUAGUGAGACGUUAACGGGAUUGAAAGUGCUUUUAACCUAGAAACAGUGACAUAAUGUGGAUACGGAAAAUUAUUACCGGACGAUCGUUCUACGCAAUGGAAAUUGGGAAAAAUGAAUGUAUCUAGAGCAUGUACAUUGAUUCACAGUGUAGUUGUAAACAAUAAGGCCUAGAGAAAAGAUUGCAGUGUCCAUAAAAUCAAACAAAAAUCGAACGUUCUUUGUUAUUGAGUGUGGGACAACGUAGUUCAAGUGAAAAACUACGUUAGCUCUCGAUUGAUAGUAUUUCUAACAAAAAUAUCAUCCUUUCUCUUUAAUAUCUUUCUUCCUUUAUUCCUUUGAUAUCUUUUCAUUCCCUGUCAAGUUACGUCUAGCUGACUUUCCAUUUGAUCGACUCGUGUAAACAUCGACGUAUAUAUUCCACCGUAGGUACGUUCUCUUGCUUUACACGAAUAAUUAAAAAUCCACGCGUUUUCAUAACCAGACCACAAACAAUGCAUGUCUCUUUAUCCAAUGAGCGUUAUUCCGAUAAAAUCAACCCUCCCAACAAUCAAUAUAUCUAAGGAAAUACAAAUAAGAUUGUCAGUAUUCUUUGUGAUCGUAAAUACUCGUGUUUGAUCAAGACUCGGAUGUGGGUCAGGAGUUGCAACCAUCUAACAAGCUAGAGGAUUUAGUCUGUUGAGAGAUAAACUGAGAAUGUGGAGUUCCGUGACAGCUGCCGGCACUGAAAAUGGACCUGCUCCACCAUCUAGAAGUAAACACAGCGCGACACUUCUUGCGGGUCAUGUUUAUCUUCUUGGGGGACGAAACGGAAAUCUACCCCUUAAGGACCUAUGGCGAUAUAGUCUUGCCGGAAGUCGCUGGGAGGAACUUCAUCCAGGCGGCGAGAGACCACCAGCCCUCCAGGAGCACAGUGCGGUAGCGUACAAGGACUCCCUUUACGUUUUUGGGGGAGAGCUUGGAUUCUCGGCUGGGAUCGAAACGCCACUUUGGGUUUACAAUGUAAAGACCAACACCUGGAGGAAGAUAAGGGCUCAGCGUGGCUGCGCUGUUCCUCGAGGUCGACGAGGUCACACGGCUCUUGUACAUCGAGGACAGAUGCUCAUAUACGGAGGAUAUCAAGAUCUUCGCGGAAGUUCACCAGAACUCUGGGCAUUUCAUUUUGAAACGGAAUCCUGGCAUCUGCUGUCAUCGAGCGAGUGUGGUCCUGCUGCCAGGCACAAGCACUCCGCUGUUCUUCAUGAGGAUGCAAUGUACAUUUACGGUGGAAUGACGGAUCUGCAGGAAAGGAGUGACUGCUGGAGAUGGGACGUCAAUAUAGCUUCCUGGUGUCUUUUGAAGAACAAACCAGGUCCGGGUCCUCUUCAUGGUCAUGCAGCUUGUAGAUUACCCAGCUGUAUGUUGAUAUUUGGUGGAGAGAGCGGAGGAUUGCCUACGAAUGAAUUGUGGAGGUUUCACUUUGGUACUGAAACCUGGGAGAAAUUGUCAGUACCUGGUCUGAAACCUCAACCUAGAGCUGAGAGCGUGGCUCUGGCUGUGUCAGAGCUUUUAAUUCGCGGCACGGGAGUGGACAAUCCGCGACCCAGACCCAGGAGUCAACGACCCAGACUACCCUGUAACAGGGUGUCACCGUGCGAAGCACCAGCAAGACCAAGUUUUCUUAAGGAGAUCUCGAAAUUGUCACAAAUUAAUCUUUCCCGAUUAAGUCAUCCCGCCAAGUGCAGUUACUCUGUGCUAAGUGGACAUGAUGAUAAUGAGGAAAGUCUUCAGGAGGCGAAUUCCUAUUAUCCGUUUCAACAGGUCGACGGGGAAGCCGUGGAACAAUCUACAGGGAUGGUUAAAUCGCGCAGUGCCAAUACUCUAGCACGUAGACGACAGAAAUUGCCAGAUACGCCAAAAAAUACUGAACCUUGCUCAUCGGGAAUGACGAGGGAUCCAAUUUCGGUGCCAAAUUUUCGAGCACUCAUCUUGCCGACGCCUGUACUCACUCCAGUGGAGGCUGCAAGAUUAGUAUUCGUGGACCCAGACGAGGAUGAGAGUGACGAGGACCGCAAGGAUCCACCGACGACGAGACUGAUCGAAGUGGCUGAAACAGGAAAACGUGAUUUCGCUGCUCUUCAUCAAGCCUGUCAGCCAACCCGAGGUGAAAGUUACAGUUCGCAUUUGUACGAGGCUGCACAGACACCCAAAACACCGACAACCACAAAAAUUCCGACAUCCGCUUCCGUCCGCUUUGCUGAUCUCGAGGAAGGCGAAGAAUCUACAUCAGAUUACGCUAGUAUAGAAGCCAGAAGUCCAGGGGAUCCGUUAGCCGAAGACGAUUGGCCAAGGAAACCAAAGCACCGAGGAGCAGGCACAAUACGGGAGGGUCAAUUUGGAUUCUGCAAUCCAAAUUACUUAGGAUUAGAAACAAAUAACGACACGAAGUACGCCAAGAUGCUGAACAGUCCACCGGAUAGUGUUCUCGAAGAUGGACCAGGAAGAUCAGCCUCGCAGACUUUCGCAGAAUUACUUGAACUUCAGGAGAUCAGACCCAGGGUUCCUCCUAAAAGUUUACCUUUAGGAUCACCAUCUAGAAGAGCAGUGAGUGCCUCGAGGGCUGAAAGACAAAGAGCCAAAUUAGCAGCUACGGAGGCGAACACUCCAGGUCCAGCUCCGCUCUACGUGUUCCUGGUUGGUGGAAAAGAAAAGGGUCAAGUGACAGUCUUCGCAAGACCAGUAUCCUUGUGGAAGCUGCAACUGGCUCCACACAUCUUUUAAAAAAAGAAAUCAUAAUUUCCCUCUUAUCUCACAUCUAAUUUCACUUCUCGUUUACUCUUUGGAUCUUCGAUAAAUACGAACAACAUCGUAAGAUAUAAAUUAUCAGUAUUACGCUAGAUAAACGUAUAUCAAUAGAUCAAUUGAAGACCACUCUAUAGGUAUAUGGGGUAUUUUCUUCUAUAUGGAAUAUCCAAAAUAUUCAUUAAUAUCCGGAUGAUGUGAUACAACCUAUAUUCCGGUGAUAAAUUUCAACAAUUCACGCACUUAUUUAUAUAUUCAAUAUUUUCCCUGUAAACUCGUGCGUUCGCGUUAGUAUUUUUCAGAUAAAUUAUUAAUAAUAAAACAAAUGUUGAAAAUCGUACGCGUGCUAAACGCGAAUGUGUGUAUAACGGCCAUCUUAGAAAUGUUAGCUCCCUUAAUUAUUAUAGGCUACGUUUACACGACGAUCUUAAACCGAUUUAGUUAAUACUGAUUUGAAGGAAUAGAUAAAUCAUAGACAUUUUUCCUUGUAAAAAAUACUUGGGAUUGGUCAAUUCCUUUAGAUCAGUAUUAUCUAAAGCGGUUUAAGACCGUCGCGUAAACAUAGUUAUUGAAUUAAAUAAAAGGAAACAGAGAAGCAGUCUCUUGUACAUGUAGAAUUUUUAUGCCCGUGAAGGCCCAAAACAAUGUAAUCCAUCCAAUAAGUAGUAAAACGGAUUAAAAUAGCCGACGAAAUGAAUUGGACAUCGAGGAUUUCGUCUUGUUGUUGAAACUUUCAAAUGGUUAAUUCAUUGUAAAUGGGAAUUAGAAGAUGAGGAAGUGACGUCACUCUAGGGGAUAAGUGCAAUACGUCAAAUGAGGUUGGAGACGAUGAUAAGAAAAAUGGCGAACGAGAAACUAUUUUCGUACCGAUAGGAUAGCGCGUAGCUAGCAAAUCUGUACGUCUAGUUAUUUCCAGAUGCCAUCGUUCAGUAUCUGGGAACCAUUUGUGUUUCUAAAUAAUGAGAAUCAAAAUUUGAUAAUUACUUUUUUUUUAUAGAUUGUUCAAACGAUCCUGAAGAGGUAGAUGGACACCUCGAUGUCCUUGCGUCUCACGUAGGCUAUCGGAAACCGAGAAAUCAAUGUUUUCCAUUGCUAGGAUUUAGAAAACUUAAUAUUCUCUGUAUGUACAAAGGUUAAGGUUGAUGUUUCGUAUUUCGUCUAGGUAAUAUAGAUAUUAAUGAACGCCAUCCGAACUACAAAUAACUCGUCAUCCUGAUGGACGAGGCCGCCAUAUUGUUUUUCCAUGAGUAAUAAUAGUAAUUGUUAUUUAUUUAUUACCUAAUUUUUCAAAAUUACUAUUUCUUCAGUAUUACGAAGUAAUAAUUACUGCCUUUUUUACUGAACCGUGACUUCAAUAAAUAAGAGUGAUUCGAAGGAAGCGGGAAAUAAGCGUUUAGAGCCAAUGAUGUAUAUGUGCAAUCUUAAUAACUGCUGUAAUCGUGAUUUGAUUAGCCACUCGCAUUCUUAUAUCUCCAUUCGAUAAUGGGUGAUAAGACGUAAUCGAUUGCGUUGAUUAUCAUAAACGACUAGAAUGCCAAACGACUUAUUAGUAAUUAGCCUUGCCAAAAUCCUUGCUAAGCUUUUACAUAGAGGCAUAUCGUUUUGAUGGCCAAAUAAUUGGCUCAGUGCAAAAGAUCUAAAGAAAGAACUACGAAAAAUGAAAUGAAAUCUUCGCCAUAGAAAUGUGUUCAUGCGUUAAUAAUUAGUCCUUACCCCAAUCAUAAGAAAUGGCAAAAAAAAUUCAUUGAUCAGAAUAAGAAUGAAGCUGUAAAAGAUGAUUUGUGUCACAGAUUCGAGUUUCUAAUCGGUAUGUCAACGUGUCAAAGGAACUCGAUCGACAUGUCAUUAAUGUUCUCGUGAUAAAACUAGUAUAUGUGUAAUAUUACUACAUCUAGAAGCAACAAUAUAUCAUUCGGUAAUAAAAAGUAUUGAACAAAGAGA